AUGUCUCCAGAGAAGAAAACAUUCAGUUAUGACUCCGCCCAGAGUACGGGUACGUGGUCCGCUUUUCUUAAGUCGAUCACCUCUUUCAAAGGCGACAUUUCAACUUUGACAGCCCCACCAUUCUUGCUGUCCUCCACCUCCCUUAUCGAAUACUCUGCACACUGGGCCGAACAUCCUGAAGUCUUCAUCGCUCCCAGCAAAGAACCCAACCCUGAGAAGCGGGCACUGCUCGUUCUAAAGUGGUUUCUGACUACUCUGCGCCAGCAAUAUUUUAGCCGCAGUGAGAAAUUAGGGAGUGAAAAAAAGCCGCUUAACCCUUUCCUGGGUGAGUUGUUUAUCGGAAGCUGGCUGCCUGGGUCUAACGAUGUUGGGGAGACUACAUUGAUAAGUGAGCAGGUGAGCCACCAUCCUCCAUCUACGGCGUACGCGAUCCGGAAUGAGGAGCACGGGGUUGAGCUCCAAGGAUAUAAUGCCCAAAAAGUUUCUUUUUUUGCAAACGUUCGAAUCAAGCAGUUUGGUCAUGCCUUGUACAAAGUCGCUCCGCCCGGCUCUUCCGAAAAAGAGACAUACAUGAUCACCCUUCCAGCAUUGCGGGUUCAUUCCUUGUUUUAUGGUUCACCAUUCGUCGAACUAGAGAAUUCUGCGAAGAUAGCAAGCAGUAAUGGCUUUAUUGCCGAGAUAGACUUUUUGAGCAAGGGCUGGUUUAGUGGUAAGAAAGAUUUCUUUACUGCCACCUUGUAUAAGGAAAGUGGAGGUAAAGAAGAUCCUAUUUAUAAUGUCCAUGGUCAAUGGUCUGGGAAUUUCCUCAUCAGAAAGAACAUGGAGGAAGUCGACCACUGGGAUGCGACGGAGAACACGACCACCCCACUGACCCUGGCCCCCAUCGAGCAGCAGGAUCUGUACGAGAGCCGUCGCGCUUGGAGAGAUGUUUCAAAUAGUAUCCGAAAAAAUGACAUGGGCGCUGUUUCUAGGUAUAAAGCGCGCAUCGAGCAAGCACAACGCGAGUUGCGUCGUGUCGAGAAAGCCGAGGGCCGUGAAUGGAAGCGUCGUUUUUUCAAUCGAAUCGGCCCUGAAGAUGAUGAUGCUACUGUUCAAGAACUCGCCAGUUUACUUGGAUUUGCUCCAAAUUUAAAUUGCGACAAGACCGGAGGAAUCUGGCGCUUCGACGCUCACCGUGCUGCUGGUGCCCAGCCGCCCUACUACGAAAUUGAUGGAGAAAGAUUUGGUCUUACUGACUAA